AUGAAGUUGAUUGAAUCAAGCGACACUGUCAAGUUUCCAGAAGGCGUAAAGUUUUCUGUGAAGAACAGACUUGUCAAGGUGACUGGACCUCGUGGAACGCUUACACGCGAUUUUCGUCAUCUCAAUAUUGAAAUAACACAGGAAGGAGCUAAUAUACUUCGUGUUCGUAAAUGGUUUGGAAUUCGAAAGGAAUUGGCUGCUAUCCGAACAGUUUGUUCGCAUAUUGUGAAUAUGAUUAAGGGAGUGACUAAAGGCUUCCGAUACAAGAUGCGUUCGGUCUAUGCUCACUUUCCUAUCAACAUUACGUUGCAGGAGAAAGGAGAAGUUAUCGAGAUUCGAAACUUCCUUGGCGAAAAGUUUGUUCGACGUGUCAAACUUCCAGAAGGUGUUUCUGCUGCAAUUUCGACAAAGUUGAAAGACGAGCUAAUUAUUGAUGGAAAUGAUGUUCAGAAGGUUUCUCAAGCUGCUGCGCGUAUUCAACAAUCGACAACUGUCAAGAACAAAGACAUUCGUAAAUUUUUGGAUGGAAUUUAUGUGAGCGAGAAGGUUACAGUUGCGGAUGAUUAGUUGAUUGAAAGAUUAAAUAUGGUUAUUUAAAUGUCAAAGUUUUUUUGUUAAAUUGAAAAGGAAAUAAAAAGUUUGUUGAAAUUUUUAUUAGUUGAGUAAAAAUUAGGCGAAAAAUUGAGUUUAUGGCAACGUCCCCUUGGCAUUAAAGUUUAUGGGCCGGGAUCGAGCCUACAACUUUCCCUUGAUAUUAUCUUUAGAAGGAUUGAACUGGGAUUUCCCCCGGAGAUUAUUAUAGGCAGAGAUAAAACUUGGUAUGUUAGUUGUUUUGCUCACCACGUACAAGUGUUUCGGGGGUGUGUAAGAGAAUAUAUAUAUAC